CAAUUAUCUUGACCCAGGCAGGACACAUGCAGGCCAAAAAACGCUAUUUCAUCCUGCUCUCAGCCGGUACUUGUCUCGUCCUUUUGUUUUAUUUCGGAGGCUUGCAGUUUAGGGCAUCCAGAAACCAAAGCAGGAGAGAGGAGCACAGUAGUAGGAAUGGCUUGCACCACACUAGUCCGGAUCAUUUUUGGCCCCAGUUCCCGGACGCUUUGCGCCCUUUCAUUCCUUGGGAUCAAUUGGAAAACGAAGAUGACAAUGUGCCCAUUUCCCCAAAGCAGAAGCGAGACGGUAAUUCCAGCAUCUACAAAGGCAAGAGGUGUCGCAUGGAGUCCUGCUUCGAUUUCACCCUUUGCAAGAAAAACGGCUUCAAAGUGUACGUCUACCCGCAGCAGAAAGGGGAGAAAAUCGCAGAAAGUUACCAAAAUAUUUUAGCAGCCAUCGAGGGCUCCAGGUUUUACACUUCUGAUCCCAGCCAGGCGUGCCUGUUUGUCCUGAGCUUGGAUACUUUAGACAGAGACCAAUUGUCACCUCAGUAUGUGCACAAUUUGAAAUCAAAAGUGCAGAGUCUCCACUUGUGGAACAAUGGUAGAAAUCACUUAAUUUUUAAUUUAUAUUCUGGCACCUGGCCUGACUACACUGAAGAUGUGGGGUUUGACAUUGGCCAGGCAAUGCUGGCCAAAGCCAGCAUCAGUACUGAAAACUUCAGACCUAAUUUUGAUGUUUCUAUUCCCCUCUUUUCUAAGGAUCAUCCCAGGACAGGAGGGGAGAAGGGAUUUUUGAGGUUUAACACUAUCCCUCCUCUCAGGAAGUACAUGUUGGUAUUCAAGGGGAAAAGGUACCUGACGGGGAUUGGGUCAGACACCAGGAAUGCCUUAUAUCACGUCCAUAACGGGGAGGAUGUGGUCCUCUUAACCACCUGCAAGCAUGGCAAAGACUGGCAAAAGCACAAGGACUCUCGUUGUGACAAAGACAACACAGAAUACGAAAAGUAUGAUUAUCGAGAAAUGCUGCACAAUGCCACUUUCUGUCUGGUUCCCCGUGGCCGCAGGCUUGGCUCCUUUAGAUUUCUGGAGGCACUGCAGGCUGCCUGCGUCCCGGUGAUGCUGAGCAAUGGAUGGGAGUUACCAUUCUCUGAAGUGAUUGAUUGGAACCAAGCUGCCAUCAUUGGGGAUGAGAGAUUGUUAUUACAGAUUCCUUCUACAAUCAGGUCUAUCCAUGAGGAUAAAAUCCUAGCACUUAGACAACAGACACAGUUCUUGUGGGAGGCUUAUUUUUCUUCAGUUGAGAAGAUUGUAUUAACUACACUAGAGAUUAUUCAGGACAGAAUAUUCAAGCACAUAUCACGUAACAGCUUAAUAUGGAACAAACAUCCUGGAGGGCUGUUCAUACUGCCACAGUAUUCAUCGUAUCUGGGAGAUUUCCCUUACUACUAUGCUAACCUAGGUUUAAAGCCCCCUUCCAAAUUUACUGCAGUCAUCCAUGCAGUGACCCCUUUGGUUUCUCAAUCUCAGCCAGUGUUGAAACUUCUAGUUGCUGCAGCCAAGUCUCAGUACUGUGCCCAGAUUAUAGUUCUUUGGAAUUGUGACAAACCCCUGCCAGCCAAACACCGCUGGCCAGCCACUCCUGUGCCUGUCAUCGUCAUUGAAGGAGAAAGCAAGGUCAUGAGCAGUCGUUUUCUGCCCUACGACAACAUCAUCACAGAUGCAGUCCUAAGUCUUGAUGAAGACACUGUGCUUUCAACUACUGAGGUGGAUUUUGCCUUUACAGUGUGGCAGAGUUUUCCAGAGAGGAUUGUAGGGUACCCAGCUCGCAGUCAUUUCUGGGAUAACACUAAGGAACGAUGGGGUUACACGUCUAAGUGGACUAAUGACUAUUCCAUGGUAUUGACAGGAGCUGCUAUUUACCACAAAUAUUAUCACUACCUGUACACUCAUUAUCUGCCAGCCAGCCUGAAGAAUAUGGUGGACCAGCUGGCCAACUGUGAGGACAUUCUGAUGAACUUCCUUGUGUCAGCUGUGACGAAACUGCCUCCAAUCAAAGUGACCCAGAAAAAACAGUAUAAAGAGACAAUGAUGGGGCAGACUUCUCGGGCUUCUCGUUGGGCUGAUCCGGACCACUUUGCCCAGAGACAGAGCUGCAUGAAUACGUUUGCCAGCUGGUUUGGCUACAUGCCGCUGAGCCAUUCUCAGAUGAGGCUCGACCCCGUCCUUUUUAAAGACCAGGUCUCCAUCUUGAGGAAGAAAUACCGAGACAUUGAGCGACUUUGAGAAGGAGGUCCUGCCAAGUGGGGGGAGGGGAAGGGAGAAAGGACUGGGGUCAAGCUGCUCUCUCUUCCCAGUGCAGAUCCGCUGACAUGCGGAGCUAGACUGUGCCAACUAACAGAAAACACACACACACACACACACACACACACACACACACACACACACACACACUCAAUCCAAAACAAAAACGAAAACAGACGAAUAGAACUAAAUGGCCAAGGGAGACUGACUCCCUGCUCCUGGGAUUGAUUGCACUGGACUGCAAACUCACCUCACAGGCUUCUGUGUCCCAAGACUAGGUUGUGUACAGUUUAAUUAUGGAACAUUAAAUAAUUAUUUUUGAAAUGAUUGCUAUGCAGGUUUAAACUUUUUUAAUGAUCAAAACUAUUAAAAAUCAGAGUUCUUUCUUUAA